UGUGUGUUUUUCUUUUUUCGGAAAAGAGGAUUGAAAAAACUGCUCUCUGCUCAUCAUACUGAUAGCGAUGAUGAAGGAAUCCGGUCUCUCUUCGAUUGUUCGUCUCGACAUCGGUGGGAAGAAAUUUUGCACAACAGUUAGUACAUUAACUCAGCGCGAGCCUGAUUCAAUGCUUGGUGCCAUGUUCAGUGGCCGCCACACCGUCUGCGAGGACCCUGAGAAGGGAUAUGUCUUUAUUGAUAGAGAUGGGAAACAUUUUCGACAUAUUCUAAAUUGGUUGAGGGAUGGCGUGGUCCCGUCACUAGCAGAGUCUGAAUACUCAGAGCUUUUGCGAGAGGCAGAAUAUUUUCAGCUGAUAGGACUCAUAGAUGAAAUAAAUUCUGUUUUAAAUACAAGGAAGGAAGCUGACGAGAUCAGUACUGAAUUAUCACGUACAGAUAUCAUCAAGUGUAUUCAGUCUGAGAAAGUCAGGUUUCGAGGGGUGAAUCUUUCGGGUGUUGAUCUUUCUAAACUGGAUCUAUCAUUUGUUGAUUUCAGCUUUGCAUGUCUUAAAAAUGUGUUCUUCUCCCGUACAAAUCUUCAGUGUGCAAAAUUCCGGGAUGUGGAUGCAGAAGGUUCAAUAUUUCACAAUGCGACUUUGCGUGAAUGUGAUUUUACCGGGGCAAAUCUUCGCAGAGCAUUAUUGGCUGGUGCCAAUCUUCAGAGUGCCAACCUACAAGAUGCUUGUUUGAUAGACUGCAGUUUCUGUGGCGCAGAUCUACGUUCUGCCCAUCUACAGACUGCUGAUCUUACUAAUGCCAACUUAGAGGGUGCUAAUCUAGAAGGGGCCAAUCUGAAGGGUGCUAAGUUGACUAAUGCAAAUUUGAAGGGUGCAAACCUUCAGCGUGCUUAUCUACGCCAUGUUAAUCUUCGAGAUACACGCUUGGAUGGUGCAAAUCUUGAUGGUGCCAAUUUGCUUGGGGCAACCAGAUAGUAUUGGUGUGGCCGUGUAGAACUGCAUAUUUUCCAUCCCCAGGUUAAUAAUUUGCUCCCACUUGCAUGUUGGAUAUUUUACUCCCCUCUACAAUCUCAUGAUAUUAAUCAUCUACAACUUGGGUAUUGUCUAAUCAUGCCAAAAACCAGUUAUUUCUCUGGCUUGUACAUAGUUGUCGAAUCAACAUUAGGUCUGUUUGCUGAAGUAUUCAAAUAUCGUUUGAUUUUUCAAUGGAUAAUGGCGCUUCUGCGCAAUGCUUCCCCUGUUCAUUGAGACAUAUACUCACUUGGGGUAUUUGGGUAGUCAAUGUUGCUUUGGAACUAUGUCUUCAGAGACAACAUAAAUUCUUAUGUUGAAGGAUAAUGUAUACUUUGUGGGUUGUGUCUAAAAAA